ACCACUUCUCCCUAAAAGUAUUUUUGUCUUGACAUCAGGAUGAUCGAGUCUGUCCCAUAUCUGGCACAAAGCCUCAGUGGCUUUCGGUUCUCCCUUCUUAGCCUCUGCUUCUUUCUGCUUUUUCAAAGAGCCACAGGUGCAGGGAGGGAACUGAAGUUUGUGACAACGGUUUACCGACAUGGCGACAGAAGUCCCAUUUCGACUUUUCCCACGAACCCCCAUAAAGAAACCACUUGGAAUCAAGGAUAUGGACAACUCACCAGGAUCGGAAUAAAGCAGCAGCACAAACUUGGUCGAUUCUUUAGGAAUAAAUAUGGAAAAUUUUUAAGUGCUGAAUACAAAAGAAAGGAGAUUUAUGUCCUAAGCACAGACGUUGAUCGAACUAUAAUGAGUGCUCAAAGCAACUUAGCUGGCCUCUAUCCUCCAACUGGUAGCCAAAUAUGGAACCAUCGCAUUGCUUGGCAGCCUAUUCCAGUUCAUACUUUGCCUCGUAAAUAUGAUCAGCUAUUGUCCUAUCCUCGCCUUGACUGUCCACGAUUUCUUAAACUUCUGAAGGAAUCCUUGGACUCAGCUGCAUUCAAGGUCAAGCUGAAAGACUACAUGCCAUUCUUAGGUGGAAUAGCACCUAAACUCGGAUAUGAUGUGAAAACUCUUCUAGAUGUGAACAAUCACAAGCUCUGGAAUGCAUAUGAUACCUUACUUGUUCAGGUAUUUUUAUUAACUAUUAUAGCAUAUCCAUCUUCCACAAAAAGAGCCCUUCGGGACCACAUCACAUAA